GUACACGCGCGCACGCGACCGCAUCGGUUUCGCCGAGGACUUCGUAUCGUUCACUCCACCUACGGAAACUGUAAAGGAAAAGCCAUGAGAGUUUUCGCUCUGGUCUUGUGCUGCCUGCUGGCGGCUGGCGUCCGCGCCGUGCCCAUCUACACCUACAGCGUUCCCGUGGUGCAACAGGCGCUGCAGCACACCGUUAUCCAGCCCGCCGUGCGCACCGCCGAGCACCACAGCACCGUGAUCGAGCAACACCCGGGGACCUCCGUGGUGCAGCACCAUCCGGGAGUGGUGCACAGCGACGUGGUGCACCACCAUCAGCCCGUCGCCGUGGUCCACCACCAUGCGGUGCCGUCGACCGUGGUCCACCACACCGCACCGGUUGUGGAGAACGCCAUCGUUCACCACGCCACGCCCGUGGUGCACCAAGUGCUGCGGCCGGCAGUCGUUGCCCAGCAGAGGGAGCUGGUGUACACGCCUCACCACGAGCACGGCUACUCCAUCUCGCAGACCAAGGUGACCCAGCCAAGGUCCAGCGUGGUCGAACACCAUCCGCUUACCGGACUUCCGUACCGGCAGACCGACUACCACCACGCUCCGGUUGUGACCGGUUCCCGGAGCUCGGUGCAUCACAGCAGACCUGCCACCGUUGUGCAGAGGACGAGAACCUUCCUCAUCUAACCACUGCCUCUACAACCUUGGCCCUGGGUUCGAUUCUGCCAUCACGCAAAGUGGAGUCCAACGCGUAACAGGCUGAAAGAGCGGCGACUGAAGAUGGAGAGGCGGAGAACAGGACCCCCACAUCGCUUCGUCUGUGGUGUCCGUUUGUUCGUACUCAGUCACGCCGUUUCUGUUUAGUUUUAAAAAUGAAAUGACAAGCCCUCACCGAGAUGUCAAUAAAAUUUUACGUCGUGCUGUCCCCUCACGCAUUCUUCGACAUUUUUAUUCAAUAAAUCUGUUCAU